AUGACAGUUCACCGCGACUCCAACGUCGCCGACUCUAAUUAUCAUUGCGAGUUCCCUGUAGAACUUCCUGAUUUCCCAUUAUUUCCUGGUGAAAACGCGCAAGGACAACCGAGCAACUUAUUUGAGCCUAGUUUAUGCCUGGUGUCGACUGGUGUUUCACUCAGUACGAUGGAGCUGAGUCUUGUGCUGGGAUAUACGGCAAUACUAGUACCUCAAUUACGAAAUGAUCCAAAUAUAGGAAUGGACAAAAACAUGGAAUCUUGGAUCGCAUCAAUUCCUGGAUUAGUAGUAAUGUUAACUGUAUUCAUGGCUCCAACUAUAACAGACCGAUACGGCAGAAGAAAGGCCAUCUUAAUUAGUGCUAUUAUUAUGAGUUUUGGUUGGCUCUUUUUAACCAUAGCCACCAAUCUACGUAUGAUAAUUAUCGGCAGAAUAUUACAAGGCUUAGCAUCUGGGAUAUCAAGUUUAUCUGGGACUAUUCUAGUAGCUGAAUAUACAUCUCCGAAAUACAGGGGAGCGUUUGUACCUUUAACGACUAUAACCAUGUUAUCUGGCGGUUUGGUAGUUCACACAUUAGGAUCAUAUUUUUCAUGGCAUAAGACUGCUAUAUUUUGUUUGGCUAUUGCAGUUUUAGAUGGUGUCAUUGUAUUUUUCUCACCCGAAAGUCCAGCAUUCUUGGCAAGACGAGGAAGAUUUGACGAAUGCAAAAAAGUAUUCCAUUGGCUUCGAGAUUUGGAUGAGGACGAAGAAUUAAAUGCUAUGAUCAAGGUUCAAGUGUUACGUAGAGCUGCAAAGAUUAAACCAGAAGAUCGCUCACUACUUAAUAAAUAUACUAACAAAAUAAGAUCAGCACUGAAUACUGUCAAAAAAGUUGAAUUCUAUAAACCUUUAAUACUGAUGAUACAUCUUGAAAUUAUUGGUGCAAUGCCUCUUUCAAAUAUAAUAGCUGGUGAGAUAUUUCCUUUACAAUAUAAAGCGAUAUGUGCAUUAAUAAUAGCAUUAAUAUCAAUUGGCAAUAUUACGAUAAUAUUGAACACGUUCUCGAAGCUUCUCUCCAGCAUAGGUUUGAGUGGCAUUUUUCUAUUAUACAGCGCUGUAAUAGUGUAUGCUUUUGUAAUCGCGUUGAUUCUUUUACCAGAAACGAAGGAUAAAACUCUUCAGAAUAUAGAAGAGAGAUGCUGGAAGAAAUCUAAACCUGAAAUACAUGUAAAGACUCUUUUAGAUAAUCGGUUAUUAGACGUAGAUUCUAAUAAAUUAAUUGUAAGUUCUGAUCACCAUAAUGACAAAGGGAAUGUAGUUUAA